CUUUUUUCGCCAGCAACAAAUCAAAUCCAAUCCAAUCCCAUAUCUCUUUGAUGGUGUCAACUAUCCUGCACCACAAGACAACAUACAUACACUAAAUAUUACUACAUUACCUCAUGAAGUGCCAUGAUUACUAAAUUUCUCCCUGCAAAAAAUGAUCAAUAAUGGAGUUUAUGCAGCUUUUAAUUAAUUAGUCGUCGGCAGUACAAUAGGAAAUAAUAUUAUAGAAGAGUGCAGGUCAGUGGAGGAAGAAGACUUGUUCAAGUUUGUGAAUAGUCAGUCUUGCUGCUCCAUGUCAGUAUAAAUAGACCAUGCAAGGAUACCAGCACCCUCACUUCAUGUGUUGGGUGACCUCCACAAGAAAGGUACCAGGGAAGCAGAGAGUAUCUGGUGGCAAUGGGAGAUCAGAACACUGAGCUCUACUUUGUCUUCAUGAACUUUGAUCCAGAGUACGAGAGUCUGCGUGCAGAUCGGUCAAAGGAAGGCGUGGAGGAGCUCGACACUUACCUGAGUCACAAGCAUGACCAGCUACUGGCAAAGCUUCUCCCACCAAACUCCUACAGGAAGAAGUCCUCUCUGGCAAUUGUUGAUGGCUUCUCAGUGGAGAUAACCAAAAAGCAGGCAGCCAUUCUCAGAUCUGCAAAGGAGGUGAGAGUGGUUGAGAAGAACCAAGAGCUUGCUUGACUGCAGGAGAUGCGUCUUCAAGCUUGGAAUGAAUAAUACAGUUGACUGUACCAAAUACUAGUGUAGUAAACUCAGUCCAGAGCUGCCAGGAAAUUUCAUGAGACUCUGUUUUUGAAGUCAGGCUCUAUGUGGUUUUCAUAGUUUGACUUUGGAAAGCUUUUAUUUUGUAUGGAAGCCCAAAAAGUCUAACAUGAUUUAAAUAAAAAAAAAACUCAUCUUGUGGCUAAUGUUUUUGAGACUCAGAUCAGAUUAUCUUUUGGAGCAAAGCUAUUGGGAAUAUGAGAGAUGCUUUGACCACUAGCAGUUUUCUAAUAACAAAAACUGCACAUUACCUAAACAGCAAUACUGUAAUACCUACAGUUGACUCAAGGCAGUUUACUAGUAAUAUCUGUCCUUUGUACAAUCCUCAGGGAACAAGGGAAGUCAUGUACUCAGCCCUUAAACUCAGUGACCAUUAAUAAGCAAAUGUCAGAAGCUGGUGUCCAGUUUACUUGCACUGAACUGGUCAUCAAAUAGCUUAUUCCAUCACUUGAGAGAGUAGAUAACUUGCCCAUCACUCGAGUGUUUGAAUAGGUGAUAUAUGAAUUGCACAAGAAGGUGUACAACUACAGAUGAUGAAGCAUUUGUAGUGGUGCAUUAGUCUCAGAAACAGCAGCAAAUGCUCAGUGGUCAGAUAUCCAGAUAAAAGUAUCUGCAGUGCACACACAUAAGAUGAUCCUUAUGGUUGACCAAUAUGCAUCAUGCUGUAGUUGCUAAUUGUAAACCAACAAUGCUGGCAAUGCAAAGAUGCCAUGAGUACACUUUCCAUAAGUUCAAGCAGAGUUAGCAAGAUAAGCAAGUUUAAUAAUCUCAUCCCUGGAUGUGAUUCUCUGGAAUAAACCAAACCGAAACAGUAGAAGUGCAAACAGCCUUGCCAGUUUCAUCAUUCAUCCACUUGCAACCCAGAGAGAAGAAAGUCAACCACCAGCAAUGAGCUGAUGACACUGGACUAAGUAUUGGGUAGUUCUACUAAUAAAUAACUUGGGAAGAUCAGAUACUUUUAUUGUUUGCCCAGUUUGUCCAUGCAUAGUAGUAAACAGUAGUCACCAAUAAGCUGGGGUCUCCUGGUGUUUGAGAGUCCCCACUGCCCUGAAGGGAGACACAAGUUAAGAGUCCCUUGUAGACUGUGAAAGACAAUGGAGAUACUAUUGAUCUGGAUGACAUGAUCUUACAUGUAAGAUUCCAGGUUUUUGUUCUAGCACAUUCUUCAGUACAAGUUUUUCACCAAUGAAAAUAUGUUGGUUCUCUGACUACAGUUGAUAACAGUAACUUUCUCAUAUAAGAUGAUGAAAGAAAUAUGUGGCAAAAUAAAGUGAAAAAAAGACUAGUGGUUAACUGGUUAUUGCCAAGACAGUGGGAAGCAAACCCUGCUACAUUGGUAUCACAAUCAUUAUGAAUAUAGCUACAUGAACCAGCAGUCUAGAAACAGGAAUGGAUCUGUAUCAGAGACCACUAGGAGCUAAGAGUUGAAUAAGCGUGUGGGGCUAUACAAAUAUGUAUAUCUCUGGACGUGUUAGAUGAAACAUAGUCAUAUCUGUAGCAUGCACAUAGGAUGUGUCAAAAUUUUACUGGGCAUGAAAGUUGAAAUCAUGAUACUACAUUGAAAAUUUUCUUCUAAAGAAAAUUCAUUGGGUUUGUUAAGAAAAUACAAACACCAAGGAUAAGAAGACACAAGAAAAUGAAACAAACAACUGGAAUGAAGUUAGUAGCAUCUCUUUGUUUUCAUCAUAUAGGUGACUAAUAGAUUUUUGAAUACUUAAUUUCAAGUAACUAGAGACAAGCUUUUAUCAUCUACCAAAAUCUCUAGAGAUGUUAUUUCCUUGUGCUUUUAUAAGUUAGAUUUGAUUUGACUUAGAUUAGUUCAAGUACUUAUAUUCAAGCUUUAUUAUCUAAAAGACUGUAGAGAUGCCUUGUCCUUGUGCUUCUACAAGUUUGAUUGUGUUAAGUCUCUCUAAUGAGAACCAGGUAGUUUUGGUGGUUCCGAGUCAAAAUUAAAUUUACACUUGAAUUGCAGCUUAUUUAGAGAAGCAAAUUAGUUCAGACAGAUAUGAAGUGAUCAAAUAUAUGGUUGUAUGCAGAAGAACAUGGCAAGAACCAAUCCUAUUAUUUCACAAUACCACUUAGGUGAACAAAGAACUGCAAGACAAUCAGAAAUAAGUUCAAAACUAAAGACUAAUAUUGCUAUACUUGUUGAGGAUCAAUAUAUAUCAAAAUAAUAAGACUAUGCCAGCGAGAAAAUGUGAAAAUACUCAUGAGUUUGCAAUUUACAUCAUGUAAGUUAUUAUUAGUGCAAGAGAAAACAAGAGGAGCUAUUUAGCAAUGAGUUAUGUUGAGGAGGAUAAACAACCACACCUUUGAUAUUAUCUCAUGUAACUACAAGUCUCAAUUCUGCAUAUUGUCAAAGACUAAAAUAAAACAUUGAUCAUGAUUGUGCUACAUUUAUAAACCUAAAGCUAAUGAAUUACACAAGUAGCAUUUGCAUAUAUUUGCAUUGUACAAACAGACGUGCUUCAAAUGCACAUGCACACUAGAAUGUACUGGCACAAAUACAUCAAAAGCUUUUACUUUAUUAUUGUGCAGAGAGUGUCACCACAAUCUCCAGUAGCAAAUUCUACUGUCUGGAAUGUGGAAAUGCAGUCAAUGUAGCAACCACUAUGGUGGACACAUUACUAAUCUCAACAUGCAGCUCCGUCAUGAUAAAGCCAUUGUCAGAAGCUAUACUCUGCAAGGUCAAAGUUAGAACCUAGUGCCCUGCACGAAAGCAGUGUGGGUUUGCUCAUAAAGAAAUAUUGUCUAGCACAACUGGGUGGAAGGAUAGUUUUCAGACAAAUAAAUAGUCACCACAUGAAUGCACAGAAGAUGUUCGACAAAAACAAAGCAAAUGCAAUUUACAAGUAUUAUGGCAAGUACAUAAAUAUCCUUUUUACCUAGAUUCCCAAAUAUGUAAAACAAGCAGAACGAAACAUUUACAAAAACAGAUGUGAUCAAAAAGUUCAAUAUGAUGUAUGAAACCUUCAUGGCAUCAUAAGAUAAAGGUGAAUUGCUACAACAGACAUACAAGUUCUGCUUCCUUAGUACCACAAUCAUCACUGAUGAGACAUACCAUCAUUAUACAUCUAUCAGCAUGGAAAAAUUACACAAGAAUACUGAAACAAACUAAAAGAAACUCACAUCCGACAGUAACGACAACAACAAAAGGAAAAGAAGAUUGGAAAGUAAUUCAUAAAAAAAUCUAGAAACUAAUUCUCAGAUUUUUGAGAACCUUCUGCCUCCCAUGUAUGUGAGGUGACCCUCAUAACUCAUUUUCCCCAAAAUGCAUACAAGAAAAGAAAACGCAAACUAAUAAAGCCUAAAUAGAUACAUGAAUGCAACAAAAAUUUUAACAAACAAUGUGAAUGUAAAAAAGCACUGAUACCAAAGUUUAGAUCAAAUAAUCAGAGUUUCAAAGUUCACUAGACCAAGCCACUAUAUCCUUGAUAGCACCAUGAAGUUUAUUACCAGCGUCAUCAGCUUUGAAGUCUUAGGUAGCACAACUUCAUAUUUUCUAACUUCAUAUUUUGAAUUAAUUUCUCCUCAAAACUGUAGCUUAAGAUCCACAUUGCGUCAGCAUUUCUCAUGAUGAAACCUUUUCUAAUUUGUUUUGGUUGUUUCUUGUGUUCUGAGAAUGGCAAGUUGAACAAACUGACAAACAUAUUUGAGAAUAAGAGGAAUUACCAGUAGAUGCACAACAGCAGUUAGAAAAAAAUUCGUGAAGCACCAAAAUUAUUCCUCAAUCUCAACUCUAUGCAAAACACCUGCGAGACAAUAGAAUAAAUUAUUAAAUUUGCCUGCGUAUGUCGUAGCAUCCGGACAUAACCCCUUGUCAGACAUAUCGACAAAAACCAUACUUUGCAUCUUCAAUCUUUCUUUUACUGGUAAAACCAGCUUAUGAUACCACAUUUCCCCUGUUUUCCAACUUGAACCCUCGAAGCUUGCACCUUUCCUUCUUUAUCAAGCCCAUCGAAACCAUAAUUACAAGCGAUCGCACUCGGAACCAACCUAAUUCGCAAACGAGUCACGUUAAAAGAACCGUCUUCCGCAUCGUCUGCAAUUGCGUAUGCCCGCCGAUUCGGCCUGCUCUUCCGCGUCUCACGUAGACCGUUGAAUGCAUCAAAGAUCCGUCCUUUCCUUCUGAAGAAUUGGAUUAAUACAUUGCAAGGGAUCACGUGGAGUUCAAUAACCAUAUAUCGUAUGAUCGAACACUUGGUGUGCGACGUCCAAGCGGCCCGACUUGCAGUGGCAAUUCAUCAGAAUUCUGAGGGUCACCGAAUGGAGUAGCGAAAGGAUGCGGCGGCAAAGAAUCAUCGGAUUUGACAGGGUAGAGAGAGAGGAGGAGACCGAAGAAACGGGUCCGUGGGAAAGUUGAGGUUUCCGCGAAGGAAUCAGCGAGGAGGGCAUUGGCACCAUCGACCAUGUCGGAGCCGAAGAGUGACUCGAUUAGGGAUUAGGCGAAAGCGAGGGCAGAGAAUCGAGUGAAGGGUGAGCGGGCGGAAGUCGAGUUAGGGACCUGCAUUGGGCUAAAGGGAAAGCCCAUCGGACCUUUGUCGUAUAGGAUCAACGGAAAGCGGAGGUGCCAGAAAUUUUAUGUGAAAAUAGAAAAUGUAUGAAAAAGAAAUAUUUAGGGAGAAGCCAUAAUUUUCCUAUCUUAUAUCAUCCAAAUCCAAAU